GCCGCGUGCGCGCUCCCGUCCUCCUCAAGCUCCGUCCUCUUGCUCGCCGUCGCCGUCCACCCGCGCCGGCCGGCCGGGCCCGCGAUGUGGCAGCAGCCGCCGCCGCCGCCGCCCCCCCCGCCGCUGCUUUCGUCGCCCAUGGAGACCGAGCGGGCCCCGCCGGCUCGGGCCCCGCCGCCGCCUCAAGCGCUUCAGGCCGCGGGGGGAGACCAGGCGCCGCCGCCGCCGCCGCCGCUGCUGCCGCCGCCGAGCGGGGCCGCCACCGCCGCCGCCGCUUCCACCCCGGGCAGCGGCGAGCUGAGCCUGCCGGGCAUCCUGCACUUCAUCCAGCACGAGUGGGCGCGCUUCGAGGCCGAGAAGAGCCGCUGGGAGGCCGAGCGGGCCGAGCUGCAGGCCCAAGUGGCUUUCCUGCAGGGCGAGAGGAAGGGUCAGGAGAACCUGAAGGCCGACCUCGUGCGGAGAAUCAAGAUGCUGGAAUAUGCUUUGAAGCAAGAAAGGUCAAAAUACCACAAAUUGAAAUUCGGGACGGAAUUGAACCAGGGAGAAAAGAAACCAGAGGCCUCUGAACCAGUGUCCAACGGGCCAGCGGAGCCCCUUUCCCUGGAGAACAGCCCGUUCAUCUGGAAAGAAGGACGCCAACUCCUCCGUCAGUAUUUGGAAGAAGUGGGCUACACCGACACCAUCCUGGACAUGCGCUCCAAGCGCGUCCGCUCUCUGCUGGGCCGCUGCUCCAUGGAGCUGAACGGGGCUGCCGAAGCCAGCGGCUUGAGCCCCGGACCAGCCCUGGCGGCCACCAGCCUCAACGGAGGGGAAUCGCUUCUCGUCAAGCAGAUUGAGGAGCAGAUCAAAAGGAACGCAGGGAAGGAAGUGAAGGAGCGGGUCAGUAACCCCGUCAUGGAGAAGAUCCCCUUUCUGAGGGGCUGCGAGGAUGACGACAGUGACGAAGAGGAGGACCUGGAAGGCCUGUCCCUGGAGACGCAGCGGCAGCACAAGAAGCAGCGCGUAAAGCUGGCUAACAAGUCCCUGAUGCCCGAGGUGGAGGAUGAAGACGACGACGAAGAUUCGGAGGACGCCCUGAGCGAGUUUGACUACUUGGGCUCCGGGGAAAACGGGGAAGGGUCUGGGGACACGCGGCGCGCUGGAGACAGCAACGAACUGGGUAAGUCCUCGGCGGAGUUGGCCUCUUCUUCACCGGGGAACGGUGGCACCAGUGGGAGAAGAGAGUUCAAUCUCUGGGGAAGAAGCGGCCAUCAGGCGCCUCCAGCCACGGCUUUGAGGGCUGGAAAAGAAAACGGCCCCGCCCUAACCAUGUUUCCUCUCCCUUCCUCUCGCCCAGGAAAAGCCGUGCACUCUAUGGUGGCUCACCUGGAUGCGGUUACCUGCCUAGCCGUGGACCCCAAAGGAGUCUUCCUUAUGUCGGGAAGCCAUGACUGUUCGCUGCGGCUGUGGAACCUGGACAACAAGACCUGCACACAGGAGAUCACGGCUCACCGCAAGAAGCACGAGGAAGCCAUCCACGACGUGGCCUUCCACCCCAGCAAGGCCCUGAUUGCCAGCGCGGGAGCCGACGCCCUGGCCAAGGUCUUCAUAUGAAGAGGAGGCGGCCCUGCAGGAAUCCCGUCUCUUCCGCUUCCUCCUCUCUCCGGCCCGGGCGGUGGUGCUAACCCAGCGCGUCCCUCCCUCACCUGCCGGGACCCUCCCUGUCUCCCACCUGAACCGGGGACCGACGAUGCCUGCUGGACAGCGCGAGGGGCCA